UUCAUAUGUUUGUGGCUUGUGUGGUCCCUGCAGGAAGGAGAUCAGCGUUGGAUCAACACUGUGGCUCAGGCCUUGCACCUUCUCAGCGCUCUCUAUGGACCCUUUCCAAACUGCUAUGGAAUUGGCAGAUGUGCCAAGAUGGCGUAUGAAUUGUGGAGGAAACUGGAGGAGGAGGAGGAUGGUGAAACCAAGGGCCGAAGGCCAGAGAUUGGACAUAUCUUUCUCUUGGACAGAGAUGUGGACUUUGUGACGGCACUUUGCUCCCAAGUGGUUUACGAGGGCCUAGUGGAUGACACCUUCCGCAUCAAGUGUGGGAGUGUCGACUUUGGCCCAGAAGUCACAUCCUCUGACAAGAGCCUGAAGGUGCUCCUCAAUGCCGAGGACAAGGUAUUCCAUGAGAUUCGAAACGAGCACUUCUCCAACGUCUUUGGCUUCUUGAGCCAGAAGGCCCGGAACUUGCAGGCCCAGUAUGAUCGCCGGAGAGGCAUGGACAUCAAGCAGAUGAAGAACUUCGUGUCCCAGGAGCUCAAGGGCCUGAAACAAGAGCACCGCCUGCUGAGUCUCCAUAUUGGGGCCUGUGAAUCCAUCAUGAAGAAGAAAACCAAGCAGGAUUUCCAGGAGCUCAUCAAGACUGAGCACGCACUGCUAGAGGGAUUCAACAUCCGGGAGAGUACCAGCUACAUCGAGGAGCACAUAGAUCGGCAGGUGUCGCCUAUAGAAAGCCUGCGCCUCAUGUGCCUUUUGUCUAUCACUGAGAAUGGUUUGAUCCCCAAGGAUUACCGGUCUCUGAAAACACAGUAUCUGCAGAGCUAUGGCCCUGAGCACAUGCUAACCUUCUCCAAUCUGCGACGAGCUGGGCUCCUAACAGAGCAGGGCCCCGGGGACACCCUUACAGCCGUGGAGAGUAAAGUGAGCAAGCUGGUGACCGACAAGGCUGCAGGAAAAAUUACUGAUGCCUUCAGUUCUCUGGCCAAGAGGAGCAAUUUUCGUGCCAUCAGCAAAAAGCUGAAUUUGAUCCCACGCGUGGACGGCGAGUAUGAUCUGAAAGUGCCCCGAGACAUGGCUUACGUCUUCAGUGGUGCUUACGUGCCCCUGAGCUGCUGAAUCAUUGAGCAGGUGAGAGCAUGUUACUCUUGCUUCCAUUCAUAUUUCACUCUCUUUGAUUUCUCUUGGCCCCUGGCCUGUCUCAACUUUGUUUUUUCUUUGA